UAGGAAACACGCUUCGGCACGAGCACUUAGCGCGCACCCCCUCAAACCCUAACCCCCUCUGCUCCCAGCCGCCAACGCCAUGGGCUCCACUGCCGCCGCCUCCGUGCUCCCGGUGUCCGCCGGCACCGGCCAGAACCUCGUCCUCAUCCUCGACUACGGCUCGCAGUACACCCACCUCAUCACCCGCCGCGUGCGCCAGCUCGGCGUCCUCUCCCUAUGCGUGUCCGGCACGGCGCCGCUCGCCUCCCUCGAGGGCCUGCGCCCGCGCGCCGUCAUCCUCUCCGGCGGGCCCCACUCCGUCCACGCCCCGGGCGCGCCUGCCUUUCCCGAGGGGUUCCUGGACUUCGCGGCCGCCGCGGGCGCGCACGUGCUCGGCGUCUGCUACGGGAUGCAGCUCCUCGUGCAGUCCCUCGGCGGCGCCGUCGUGCCCGGGGAGCGCCAGGAGUACGGCAAGAUGGACGUUCAGGUGACGGCGGCCUCCUCCGCGCUCUACGGGGAAGCGGAGACGGGGAAGCGCCAGACGGUGUGGAUGAGCCAUGGCGACGAGGUGGUCACGCUGCCGCAAGGCUUUGAGGUGGUUGCGCGCAGUGUGCAGGGCGCCGUCGCCGCCAUCGAGUACCGGGAGAAGCGCUUUUAUGGGCUCCAAUACCACCCAGAGGUUACACAUUCAGCCCAAGGAAUGGAAACACUGCGCCGCUUUCUUUUUGAUGUUUGUGGGAUCAAAGCUGAUUGGAAGAUGCAAGAUGUGCUCGAUGAAGAAAUCAAGACCAUCCAAAGCACCGUUGGCCCUGAUGAGCAUGUUAUCUGUGCAUUGUCAGGUGGAGUUGAUUCGACGGUCGCGGCCACUCUCGUUCACAAGGCAAUAGGAGAUAGGCUUCACUGUGUUUUUGUUGACAAUGGUCUAUUGAGGUACAAGGAGAGAGAACGAGUAAUGACAACCUUUGAAAGUGAUUUGCACCUGCCAGUUACAUGUGUUGAUGCCUCAGAGCAAUUUCUCAGCAAGUUAAAGGGUGUCGAGGACCCAGAGCAGAAAAGGAAGAUUAUUGGCAGGGAAUUCAUAGCUGUCUUUGAUGACUUUGCUCACAAGCUGGAACAGAAGAUAGGGAAAAGGCCUGAAUAUUUAGUUCAAGGGACUUUGUACCCUGAUGUAAUUGAAUCAUGCCCACCUCCUGGGAGUGGAAGGACACAUUCCCACACCAUCAAAAGCCAUCACAAUGUCGGCGGCCUUCCAAAAGAUAUGAAGUUAAAACUCAUUGAACCACUCAAGCUCCUAUUCAAGGAUGAGGUGCGGAAAUUGGGGAGUAUUUUGAAUGUCCCAGAUUCAUUUUUGAAGCGACACCCAUUUCCUGGGCCUGGUCUUGCUGUACGUGUCCUAGGUGAUGUUACACAAGGCAAUGCUUUGGAGGUUCUUCGUCAGGUGGAUGAGAUAUUUGUUCAAGCUAUUAAAGAUGCAGGCCUCUAUGAUAAAAUAUGGCAAGCCUUUGCUGUUUUCCUGCCAGUACAAACAGUUGGGGUUCAGGGUGACCAGCGAACCCAUUCCAAUGCUGUUGUUUUAAGGGCAAUCACCAGUGAGGAUGGCAUGACUGCAGAUUGGUACUAUUUUGACCAUGCAUUCCUGGUAGAUGUGGUAAACAAGAUCUGCAACAAUGUGCGGGGCAUAAACCGUGUUUGCCAGGACAUCACAUCUAAGCCGCCUGCAACGGUGGAGUGGGAGUAGGAACAGAUGGUCUUAUGCUGCGAAGUGGGAUGGGACAAAUAACUAACCUCAUGAUGCUAUGGUGGAAGGAAGAGCAAUUUAUCUUUUGAUGCUGGGCUCUUUUGAUGCUGGGAUGAAGUAACUACCCUCAUGAUGCUAUGGUGGAAGGAUUUUAUUAUGAUGGUUGUCCUCGUAAAGCAUGUACUACUGCUGGCAGCUGACUUGGUUUCGUUUUUCGUAUUAUUACCAAAAGUGUCUGUGUCGUGCUCUCUCGCUCUUUGCUCCGGUCUGGGUUAGCCCAAAAGUUUAAACCUGACUUAUCGACUCAUGCCACUCUCAACACGUUGCAUGACUAACUCUGGGUAGGAUGAUGGCGAUGGCUGAUGACAGUUACUGAAGCUGUAUUGUCAAACUCUACUGAAGCUGAAUCUUGCAAUAUAUGUGAAAAAAGGGGUACCCAGAGCUGUGCAUUCGUUGUGAAAACAAUAAUGGUUACCAGCUGUUGAUCUGUUUGAAGACAUGAAUUUCAUGUAGUGGUGAGGAGCUUCACCAAAUGAUCCACCAACAUAUGGUAUCAUUUAUCAAGUACACUUGCACGAGUAUCACAAAAGGCAGUUAAGAAGAAAUGUGACCAUUUAUCAAUAAAUUAGGUUCAUCAUGAAUUGUUACGUAAUGGGACAUGUAAAGAAGUAUCUUGUAAGUCUGUGAGCCCAACUGAUGUACCAAUGUUAUGUUAUGUAUACAUAUAACAUUGAGAUUUUGUAAGCCAUUUUUCAGAGUUACAGCUACCACCGCUGCUGCUAUUGGAAGUCA